AUGCGAUCUCUUUGGAAGCUGUUGCCCUUGGUAGCCGGCCUGCACCUGGCAGUUUUCUGCGGACUGUCCGCUGCGCUUCCCUCUCCAGCCCCAGGCACGCCGCUCGACCUACCAUCCGUGCUUUUCUCCCGAGCCUCCUCGGACGCGAUUAAUUCCAACAACACGGCCGACUGCACCAACUGCACCAACCUGGGCAACUUUGUCAAUCCCAUCCCCGUAACCUCCUCCGACCCCGUCGUCCAGGUGCGCAACGGCUCGUACGCCGGUCUCACGAUCCAACCCAUCGCUGCCUCCUCCACGCGCUCCGGUUUCGGAACCAACCGCACGCAGCAUGCCUUCCUCGGCAUUCCCUACGCUCAACAACCUAUCGACGAUCUUCGCUUCCGUCGACCGCGCUCUCUCAACUCCACUUGGAACGAUGUCAGAUCAGCCAAGAGGUACUCCGAGCUGUGCUUCGGUGUCGGUGUCGAUGACGACUACAAUCCGCCCUACGUGACGUACAAGUUGGGCGAGAGGUGCUUGACGUUGAACGUCGUCAGACCUGACAAUGUCAAGCAAGGCGAUGAUCUGCCCGUUUUCGUCUGGAUUCACGGCGGCGGAUUCAGUUUCGGCGGUUCGGGGGAUAGGAGGUACAAUGGUAGCUUUGUGGUGGACAAGUCGGUCGAAUUGGACCAGCCAGUGAUCUACGUCAGUCUCAACUACCGGGUGAAUGUGCUAGGAUUCCCGGUCGGAGAUGAGGCGGAGCAGGAGGGGAUUCAGAAUCUGGGAUUGUACGAUCAGCGUCUCGCGCUGCACUGGAUCAGGGAGAACAUCGGUGCCUUUGGUGGUGACAGGGACAAGGUGAGCAUCCUGGGAGAGUCGGCUGGCGGUGGUAGCAUGUUGCUCCACCUGGCGGCUUACGGUGGUCGCGAUGACAAGCUCUUCAGAUCGGUCGUGGUUCAGAGUGGGUACUGGUCGAGUCAGCUGGCGACGAAGAAUACGACUGCUGAAUGGAACCAGCAGUGGGGAUCGCUUUCCGAGUAUGCCAACUGCGCAAGUGGGAGCUCGAUCGAAUGCUUGCGCAAGGUGCCGCUGGACACUAUCAAGCAGUGGAGUCAGAAGAACAAUGCGACGCUGAGUGCGUUCAAUCCGGUAGUGGAUGGUGACCUGGUGGAGGAGGAUCUGCAAAAGUCGUUCUUGGAAGGCAAGUUUGUCAAGAACGCCAGCGUGCUGCUCAACAACAACUUGGACGAGGGCAUCUCGUUUGGCGUCCGAGGUGUCAACAACACCAACGACAUUGUCAAUGCACUCGAAGCGUCUCAAGCUUUGCCGGACGGGUGGCUGAAUUCGGAUGUCAGGUCGGACCUCGCCAGGAUCUAUCCUGACAACGAGGACAUUUACGCACCGUUCCAAGCCGGCGCUGGGCUUCUGCCCCCGACCAACGGUAUCAUCGGCAUGAACGACCGACGUUCGUGCGCCAUCUUUGGCGAUCUUCGAUUCGUCGGCCCUCGCCGACAGGCCGCACUUGCGCUGGCCAAAGGCUCCAACAAGUCGAUCUACGUAUCGCGCUUCGACCAGCUCUCGUACAAGACACCGGUGAACGUGGGCGCCCAACAUUUCCAAGAGGUGGCCUACAUGUUUAGGAACCCGCUGGACACUCAGAAUGCGCUAGGACCGCUCACGAAGGAUGUGGAGCUGGCGGAUGAGAUGGCGAGCUACUGGAUCAGCUUUGUUGCCAGCGACGAUCCGAACCGGGCGAAGGAGGAGGGCAAGAUGGGAGGAGGGGCGGUGGAGUGGCCCAAGUACACGGUGGAGGGGAAAAAGGGGCUGGCUUGGGUGAGGGAUGGGUUGGGACACAAGACCAAGGUGAUCAAGGAUGAUUACAGGACGGAGGGGAUGGAGCUAUUGAUGGCUCUGAGGAGCGGCAGCUACGAUCAUAAUACGUUCAAGGCGAAGAGGGACGAGCUUUGA